AUGCUGUCUUCUACCAUUUUCCUGCUGGCGUCUCUUGGCGCUGGACUUGUCCAGUCAUCAUUUACUUUAGAGGACCUUUUCCUUGAAAAUGCCCCUUCCUCGCCGCGACCUUACGUCAUUCCUCACUAUGCCACCUCGCAUGCUGUGACAAUUGACAGUCAGUUGUACCGGUUCACAGUUACCGGGCCUUCCUCUGACUAUGCCUUCACUCUUAUGAGCACCAAUGCACCAUCUAGUGGCUCAUUGGGCGUCUUGCCACAUAUCCAUCAGGAGCAUUAUGAGAACUUCUUCGCUUUCAAGGGUCGAUUCCAGCUAUGGGCUGAGAAGGAUGGUAACGAGCAACAAGCUCGUCUACUUACCCAGGGUGACUACGGUUCUGUGGUGCGAAACACAACACACACCUUCCAGAUUCUUGAUCCAGACACUGAGAUGGUGGGUGUGAUUGUUCCUGGAGGCUUUGAAGAUCUCUUCUACUUCCUCGGCACAAACUACACAUCAACUACCGAUACUCCCUACGUUCCCAAGACAUAUAACGACUCCAGUUCAAGUUCUUCCGUGCCAGACUCCGAAACCAUGGAAACCCUCGAGUCAUACGACGUAUACGCCCAACUAGACUUCGACCCUCGUCGCGACCUGGUCAAUGGCACCGCACCCGUCAACGAUACCAACUGGCACGAGGGUUCCAACGAUCUCGGCAGUGCAGGUGAACCUUACUUCGUAGCCAACGGGUACGGUCCGAAAUAUCUGAGCUCGAUAUACGGGUACCAGGUUAUUCAACCACUUGUUACAAGCACACAGUCCCAAGACCUGAACUAUACCCUUUCUACAAUCUCGCUUAGCUACCAGACUAAGACUAGUCCUCCAUCGUAUACGCUUGAUGGAGCUGCGGCGUUUGAGGUUCUGGAGGGCAUGCUCUCUAUCCAGAUUGGGGAGUACCCUCUUGCGAGAUUGAAUAUGGGUGAUGUGGCUUUUAUUCCUGCGAAGACGACUUUUACUUAUUAUAGUGAGGUUGCUUUUACUAAGGUCUUGUAUGUCAAUAGUGGGACCAAUGGUGUGGAUCAACAAUUGAUUAGUGGAGCGGAGGAUUGGGAUUUUGUUACAUUUCCCAAAAAUUGA